GACCACUACAACUACACUACUCCAAAACGACCCUCAAGCAGGCAGGCCACCCAGCACUCAGGCUAGAUAGCUCAUCACAGCCACAGCAGCUAGACCCUAGUAGCUCACUCGCGCUCGUGCCAUGAUGAAUACCCGAGCCUGUGGCAGCGGCAGUGGCGGCAGGAACGACCAGACCAUGAUGGGCUUCUCCGAGCAUCCGAAGCCGGCGGCGUCGGGGCAGGCGCAGCCGUCCCCGCCGUCGUCGCCGAGCGAGCGUCCGCCAGCAGGCCGCGGGCGCCGGCGCGCGCAGGAGCCCGGGCGGUUCCUCGGCGUGCGGCGCCGGCCGUGGGGCCGGUACGCGGCGGAGAUACGCGACCCCACGACCAAGGAGCGGCAUUGGCUGGGCACGUUCGACACCGCGCAGGAGGCGGCGCUCGCCUACGACCGCGCGGCGCUGUCCAUGAAGGGCGCGCAGGCGCGCACCAACUUCGUCUACACGCACGCCGCGUACAACUACCCGCCCUUCCUGGCGCCGUUCCACCACCCGUCGUCGGUGCAGCAGCAGCAUUACGGCGCCGCGCCGCACGUUGGCUCGUACGGCCACCACCACUACCACCACCAGGGCUCGUCAGCAGCUGUCGUCGGCGCGUCCUCGGGCGAGUGCUCGUCGGCGUUGCCGCCCGUGGAGCGCGCCGACGGCACGCUGCUGCUGGACCGCGGCGGCGGCGGCGGGCACCACCACCACCACCACCACCACCCCGAGUUCCUGUUCGCGAGCGCGGACGACAACUCCGGGUACCUGAGCAGCGUGGUCCCAGAGAGCUGCCUCCGGCCGCGGAGCAGCGCGGCGGCGGUGGAGGACCUGCGGCGGUACUCGGACGCGGACGCCUACGGGAUGGGCGUGGGGCUCCGGGAGGACGUGGACGACCUCGCGCAGAUGGUGGCCGGGUUCUGGGGCGGCGGCGCCGGCGACGCGGACCAGCUGUGCGGCGGAGGGUUCCCGUCGGGCGGAGCCGGGGACAGCAUGGCCGUGGCGUCGUCGCAGGGGUCGUCCGACGGCUACUCGCCCUUCAGCUUCCUCUCCCACUGAUGACAAAUGAGCUAGCUGCCGCGCGCGCAUGGAUUGCAUUGCAUCUGCUGCGCACGUAAUGUAGAUCGAUCGAUCGAUCGAUCACCAGUUAGCCUAGCUAGCUAGUUUGCUUAUCAUGCAUGGUGAUCGAUCGGUCCUGAUCAUCGGUUCUUCCGAUCCCUGCUGUUUAAUUCCUUUCGAGAGAGUACGUUGGGUCGACCAGUGUGAGAGUGAGCAGUAUAGUAGUGUUAGCAUUUAGCAUCAGAAGUAGAGGGAGGAGCGAUCGAGAGAGAAGAAGAGAGAGUACGUAGCUGCGUGCCCUAGCUUCUUCAUGUGUACUCCGUCUUCGUUCUAGUACGUCCUACAAGACCUACGUACUCUCGAUCUGUAGCUUUAACCAUCCAACUUUAUUAUUAAGAUCAUCAACUCGGUCGAACGCUUGCUCUU